CUGGAGGAGGAUGAAGAUGAAGAGCAGAAGAGCAUCAGAGAGGCAUUCAUGAAGAUCACAGUGAAGUUCUUGAGGAGGAGGAAGCAGGAGAAUCUGGCUGACCUCCUGCAGAGCAAUACCGUUGCUGCCGUUUGUCAAUCCAAACUCAAAGUUCAGCUGCAGAAGAAGCACCAGCAUGUGUCUGAGGGAAUCAUUAAAGCAGGAAAGACAACCCUUCUGGAACAGAUCUACACGGAGCUCUACAUCACAGAGGGAGGGACCGGAGAGGUAAACGAAGAACAUGAAGUCAGACAGAUUGAAGCAGCUUCCAGGAAACCAGACGGAGCAGAAACAGCCAUCAAACAGGAAGACAUCUUUAAACCCCCACCUGGAAGAGGAGGACCAAUCAGAACGGUGAUGACGAAGGGAGUGGCCGGCAUUGGGAAAACAGUCCUAACACAGAAGUUCAGUCUGGACUGGGCUGAAGGCAGAACCAACCAGGACAUCCAGUUACUGUUUCCAUUCACCUUCAGAGAGCUGAAUGUGCUGAGAGAGGAGAAGUUCAGCUUGGUGGAACUAGCUCAUCACUUCUUCUCUGAAACCAGAGGAAUCUGCAGCUUUGAAGAGUUCCAGGUCGUGUUCAUCUUUGAUGGUCUGGAUGAGUGCCGACUUCCUCUGGACUUCCACAACUCUACAAUCGUCAGUGACCCCAGAAGGUCCACCUCAGUAGAUGUGCUGCUGACAAACCUCAUCAGGGGGAACCUGCUUCCUUCUGCUCGUCUCUGGAUCACCACACGACCCGCAGCAGCCAAUCAGAUCCCUCCUGAGUGUGUCUCCAUGGUGACAGAGGUCAGAGGGUUCACUGACCCCCAGAAGGAGGAAUACUUCAGGAAGAGGUUCAGAGACGAGGAGCAGACCAGCAGGAUAGUCUCCCACAUCAAGACAUCACGAAGCCUCCACAUCAUGUGCCACAUCCCAGUCUUCUGCUGGAUCACUGCUACGGUCCUGGAGAACGUCCUGGAAACCAGAGAGGGAGGGGAGCUGCCCAAGACCCUGACUGAGAUGUACAUCCACUUCCUGGUGGUCCAGGUCAAACUGAAGAAGGUCAAGUAUGAUGGAGGAGCUGAGAUGGAUCCACACUGGAGUCCAGAGACCAGGAAGAUGGUGGAGUCUCUGGGAAAACUGGCUUUUGAGCAGCUGCAGAAAGGAAACCUGAUCUUCGAUGAAUCAGACCUGAGAGAGUGUGACAUCGAUGUCAGAGAGGCUUCAGUGUACUCAGGAGUGCUCACCCAGAUCAUUAUAGAGGAGAGCGGCCUUUACCAGGACCAGGUCUUCUGCUUCGUUCAUCUGAGUGUUCAGGAGUUUCUGGCUGCUCUUCAUGUCCAUCGGACCUUCGUCAAGUCUAGAAUCAACCUGCUGGAAGAUCAACUAACAACUCGUUCUUCAAUCCGACAAUUCUAUCCGACAGCAGUGGACAAGACCUUAGAGAGUCCAAACGGACAUCUGGACUUGUUCCUUCGCUUCUUCCUGGGUCUUUCAGUGGAGACCAAUCAGAACCUCCUAAGUGGUCUGAUGACAUUAAAGAAAAGAAGUUCACAGAACAAUCAGGAAACUAUCAAAUACAUCAAGAAGAAGAUCAGUGAGGAUCUGUCUGCAGAGAGAAGCAUCAACCUGUUCCACUGUCUGAAUGAACUGAACGAUCGGUCUCUGGUGGAGGAGGUCCAACGGUCCCUGAGGUCUGGACGUCUCUCCACAGAUAAACUGUCUCCUGCUCAGUGGUCGGCUCUGGUCUUCAUCUUACUGUCAUCAGAAGAAGAUCUGGAGGUGUUUGACCUGAAGAAGUUCUCAGCUUCAGAGGAGGCUCUAUGGAGGCUGCUGCCGGUGGUCAAAGCUUCCAAGAAAGUUGUGUAA